UUCGAGCACUUGGAAGAAAUACUAGGGGUUCGGUUGCCAUGAGACUAAAAGGAGGAGACAAGAUGGCAUGCAUGGACAUAAUACCAGCCGCUAUGAGGAGGAACUUGGAGAAGGUCUCAGAGAACACUCAUGGGGUUAAGGGUCUUGGUACUCCAUGGCUUCUAUUUGUCUCUGAAAGUGGACUAGGAAAGCGAGUCCCCCUGAGCUGCUUCCGCCUAUCACCUCUGAAUAGAGUUGGUUUGAGAGGUUACAAGCUUUCACCAGACAAUUGCCUAGCGGCAGUCUUUGUGGUUGGAUUCUCAUUGUCAGAGGACGGUGAAAGUGAUGAACAAGUAGUUCUAGUAAGUCAAAGCGGAACAGUCAAUAGAAUCAAGGUCCGGGAUGUUUCUAUUCAGUCACGCGGUGCUAGGGGUGUUAUUCUGAUGAGACUAGAGCACACUGGAAAGAUCCAGUCAACUUCUUUGAUCUCGGGAAUUGAAGAGCCUGAAAGCCAAGCUGAUCCUCUGUUUGAGGCAGAGACACAUGCAACGGCAUCACAGUAAGGGAGCCUUUUUCAUUUGAUCUUCUAAAAAUGGUCAGGAAAAACAUGAGAUGAUAAAGGAAUCCGUUUUGGUGAUGAUAACAGUGUUUUCACACAGAUUUUGUACAAAGACUGUAAAAGAAAGUAAAAAAAGAGAAAUGCUAUUGAAUGUUCAUCUGUAUUCAUGGCAGGUUGAUGUGUAAAUUAGAGUAAACUAGGUCAUUUAUUUGAGAUAGGAGUAUGUUUUAUAGUAUGAAGCUUUUAUGCAAUAGAUAUUCUCGAAAUCUGUGCAGAAGCAGUCAGAUGAUGUAUGGAAUCUUAUAAAUGAACAUGAUCAGGUGUAGCCAUCUAAUUGUUUC